GUGGAGCUCCUAACAUGAGGUCGGCGACAGUUGCUAUCCUGUUGUGUUUGCUCGCUGCAACCUCACAGGUUGAGGCGUUUGAAUGGAGCACCUUCAUCUCCACUAUGAUCAAGGCAUCGUACGCCUUUUGCUCUUUUGAUGACACCGCAUGGUGCCAUUAUUUCAACAGAUUGAGUUCGCUCAUAUCUGGUGUAUAUUCCACAUAUGACGAUGUUGCUACCGUCGUGGAGAUGGUGCAACAGCUUCGAGAACAGGGAUUGCUGUACUCCAAGCAGAUCCCCGAUGUGAUCCUCAGGUCCUUGCCGGCCAUAGAAAGAGCACACCGCAAUGGCAAGGAAGCGGUGGAGCUGGUUCGCGAAUUAAAAGAACUGUGGGAGGAGUACCAAAAAACCACCAAAAAAAAUGAAAUAAUGUAAUAAAAUAAUAUAAUAAAAAUAAUAUAAUGAAAGACUCUGCUACAGAUGCUGACAAACAACGCAUAUGGAUUCAGAGGACUAUUUCAAUUAGUACUGUUUGCAUCCAUCCUUUGAACAUUUCGCCUGAUGGUAUGAAUUUGCCGCAAUGUAGAGAUGUGCAUACAGGGUGACUUCUCGUUGUGCACAGAAAAUCGAACGGCUUGUAGGUAAUAGUGUACCAUUUUUUACGGAAACCAAUAUUUACGAAGCUAUUUCGGCUUUUUUGUGCUUCAUAAACCACAUGUCAGAGAAAAAUUAAGCUAAUUCACAUGGAAAAUGAAACAUUUCAUUUUAUAGACAUAAACAAAGUACGUUGUUCUCAAAAUGUAUGAAACAUUUCAGUUAUGAACCAAGACAAAGCGGAUCGUAGCAGCUGUAUUUUUCUUUGUGCGUGAGCUUGGCGAAUCUGUAAUUGAUAUAAAAUCUAUACACAAGUUCACGGUCUGUGUCAGUAGCUAAUAAAAUGUUCUGCACUA